UUGAAGUGCUCACUUUUCCCGGACUAAUUUAGAAGUAAAACCCCUCAGUCUGUCUAAGCUUUGAUUAAGAGAUUCUAGUCUCCUCAGUGUUUUCACUUUUCACUUUCGUUUCACUGAGGUCUGAUUGCUAAUUAAAAAGCAAAAGAUUUUCCUGUAGUUAAUAUUUUCUGGAGAGUACACUAAAGCUAUGGAUGAGAACUACCACAAGGAUCACUUAGCCUGCCACAACUGUGACAAGAAACUGGUGGCCUGUCGCUACAUCGUCAAGGACGAGAACCCCCACUGUAUCCCCUGCUACCAGGAACUGUACGCCCACAACUGUGAGGAGUGUAAAAAACCAAUAGGACCCGACUACAAGGAUCUCUCAUAUAAGGACCGCCACUGGCAUGAAUUCUGCUUUAAGUGCUGUGAGUGCCAGAAGUCACUGGUGGAUCAGCCAUUUGCUCCCAAAAAUGACAACAUUUACUGCUCCGACUGUCACGACAAGAACUUCGCCGCUCGCUGCGAUGGCUGCGGAGAACCUUUUAAAGGAGGGAUGAAGAAAUUCGAAUACAAGGGAAAGCAAUGGCAUGAGGAAUGCUUUGUGUGUAUGGUCUGUAAACAACCUAUCAGGAACAUGAGCUUCAUCCCGCGGGACAAUGAGGCCGUCUGUGUACCCUGCUACGAGGAACAGUUUGCUCAGAAGUGCUCUAAAUGUAAUGGGGUGAUUAACAAGGGAGGCGUGUCUUACAAGAACUCUCCCUGGCACCGGGAAUGUUUCACCUGUACCCAGUGUAACAAGGAACUGGCCAAAGAGAAGUUCACAUCCAAGGACGACAAGCCGUACUGUGCUGAUUGUUAUGGAGAGCUGUUCGCCAAGAAAUGCUGCCGUUGUUCCAAGGCUAUUACUGGUUUUGGAGGAACCAAGUUCAUCUCAUUUGAAGACAGACACUGGCACAGCGACUGUUUUGUGUGUUACAAAUGUGACACGUCCAUGGUCGGGAAAGGUUUCCUUAUGAAUGAAGGAGACAUCUUGUGUCCCGAAUGUGGCCGCAAUUAGAAAGAAUAGACACUAUCAAUAAUUAAAUUUUAAUUGCUUUAAUGGCAGAUACUUUAUUUUAGAUCUUUCACUCUUUUAUUUAUAUGUAGUUAUUUUUCAAAGGUUGAAUGUUAAAUAUUUCAGAUGCUUUAUUUUUGUUUUAUUGGAAUUUUUAAGAAAGUAUAUAUAUAUUUAUAUUUGUGUCUUUGUUUUAAUUUAUACUUCGGGAUUUUUCAUGAAGAUCUCCACUGGAGAUAAAGAAAGAUUGUGAUCGUGAAAAGCAUGCAAAGAUAGAUAACUCUUGCCAAACAAGUUUGUGCUGUUGACGUUUGCAGUUCCCUCCCCCUGCCAUAUAAAGUUGUCAAACACAUUUCACUGUCACUAGAAUUUUUUUCUUACAUUUAAAUACAAUGCAAGGCAUUUGAAAACAAUGUAUUGUUUUACUAAAAUUCAACUGACUGCCAUUUUUGUUGAUAUUGCUUUUGUUUGCAAUGUUAUUACUUUUAUGAAAAGUAAAAAAAAAAGUCAUAAAUGCAAUUUUAUUUUGAUAUCAAUAAGUAAUUGAUAUACAUGUAAGCAAAGUGUAUUUUAUAUACAAUGUAUUGCUUUAUUGUUAGUUCACGUUGAAAAAGAGAAAAAUGUUUACCAAUUGCUUAAGCUUUGUUUUAUAUACCGGUACAUACAUGUAAGUGACUUCAAAAUGAAAACCUUUGUUUAUGAUUAUUUGCAUUUAUUUUCUCCACAAAAUAUGUUUUUAUUCCAGUUUUAAUUUGUGAUAUUUUGUCCCUUAUAAUGAUCAUAUUUUAAUUUUAAAAAAGUUACUGUUCCUGCAAUUUUUAUAACUGCAAUGGAAUCACAAUUAUGAUUAAUGCUUAUUUGAAAAUAGAGUCAUGAAUAGUCACAUUAUUACCGGUAAUAUUUUCCCUGCAUAUUAAGCUAAUGCUUCAAUAUUGAAUUUGAUGUUUGAAAUUUUCAAAAGUGUUAUGAUGUAUUUCAGUAUUAAUUGUUAUUGUUAAAUGAGUGGUUUGGUUAUAUAGGUUCACUAUUAUACAGGCUCAACUUCGUUAUCUCGAACCUGAUGGGACUGAGAAAAAACUUCCGAGAUAUCCGAGGAUUCGAGAUAUCAAAGGUUAAAUACUUAAAGAAUAUGUGGUGGGGACUUCCAAAUCACUUCGACAUAUCCAUGGUAUUCGAAAUUUCAGUGUUCAAGAUACCGAAGUUCAACUGUAUUUCAACUGUUCAGAAAAUGGAUUGUUUCUAUAUUUUGGUUUUCUUGUAGUACUUUCAUGUUUCGAAACCAUUGAUUACAACAUUUACUGCAUUUGCCAUUGUAAUUUUAAAAGCUACUUUGACUGUUAAAGUUAAAUCAAAGAUUUUCUGUAGGCAAUGUUUUGAGAUAUGAUUUGUAAUGUAUGGUUGCAAAAUGAACAAACAUGUACUUGUUAAGAGAAUAGGUGUGUUGUUGUACUGUAUAUACCACCAUUAGUGGGAAUGAAGAUGUUUUUUUUUUUUUUUUAUUAGAAGCAUCACUGAUCCUGCAACGUUUCACUUCUUGAGCUGCUUCUGAAAAGAGAUGUUGAAAUAAUGUUGAAACUGUGUAAAAUAUCUGUCCCUUUUUCACACUGUUUAGUUCAUUUCCUGUCAUUUGUCCCAAACAUACUGCUAUAAGCCUGUCUUUUCCACACAAGGCUCGCAUUUAUCAUUGAUUUGUGUGCUUCCAAUGUUCCGUUGCCAUGGAAUAUUCGCUAUUUAUGAACGUUAAAUACAUUGUUUUGAAGAAUAUUCAUGUAAGUUUCAGAAUAAAGUCAGACAUUUUCUGAUCAAAUUUUAUGUAUUUCAUCAUGUAAGGUGGAUGUCUUAAGUAUAAUAAAGCUUGAUGAAAACAAUAA